GGGGGGGGAAUACUAGAUUACAGACUAUAGUAGAUGCUGUUUUGUCUUUUUCACACAAGAAAUCCGAGCAAUAAUUUUGGACUCUCGCGCACACGCUGGUGACGUCACGCGAUGUUUUUAGUGCUAUGGCGUACCAGGAAGGGGAGUCGCUUGAAUCUUGGCUCAAUAAAGCCACCCAUCCAACAAACAGACAGGAGGACUGGGAGUACAUCAUAGGCUUCUGUGAUCAAAUCAACAAGGAACUGGAAGGUCCUCAAAUAGCUGUGACUCUGCUCGUCCAUAAAAUCCACUCACCACAAGAAUGGGAAGCUCUUCAGGCCCUGACAGUAUUGGAGGCAUGUAUGAAGAACUGCGGGAGAAGGUUUCAUAAUGAAGUUGGAAAAUACAGAUUUUUGAAUGAGCUGAUUAAAGUUGUGUCUCCAAAGUACAUGGGUGACAGUGCACCUGAGAAAGUGAAGCUGAAGAUCGUAGAGAUGCUGUACAGCUGGACGGUGGCUUUUCCAAAUGAAACCAAGAUCAGUGAAGCCUACCAGACGCUGAGAAGACAGGGCCUUGUGACGCAUGACCCAGAGUUACCGCUGGACAAGACUCUGAUUCCCUCUCCUCCGACACGGCCGAAACAUCCGGUGUUUGACAACGAGGACAUGGGCAAGCUGCUUGCUGAGCUUCUCCGGAGUAAAAAUCCAGAGGAUCUCCAGGAAGCCAACAGAUUAAUCAAAAACAUGGUGAAAGAGGAUGAGGCGAGAGUGCAUAAGGUUACAAAGCGUAUACACACACUGGAAGAGGUGAACAUCAAUGUCAAGCUGCUGACGGAGAUGCUGUCCCACUACAAUAAAGACAGCUCCACUGACUCAGACAAGGAUAUCAUAAAGGAACUCUACGAGCGGUGUGACAAGCUGAGGCGUUCAGCUUUCAAAAUGGCUACUGAGACAGAAGACAAUGACACCAGUUUAGGUGAGAUCCUGCAGGCCAGCGAUGACCUCUCCAGAGUCAUUAACUCUUACAAGAAGAUAGUUGAGGGGCAGCCCAUCAACGGGGACAGCGAGGAGCCUCGCUCCACAGCCGGUCACGGGGAGAGUGAGACCACAGAUACGCUGAUCGACCUCGCUGGCCUCGAUACUCCGAGCCCUCCUCAACCUGCUGCCCCUCUUUUUCAGUCCUCAAAUCUUGUUUCCACCAAUCCUACGGCUUCCCCCAUCCCUGUUCUGCCUCCUCCUCCCAAACGCCCGGCCGGCUCCCAUGGCAGUCAGAGCAACAGCCCGAGUCACCCCCCCCACGACAAGGCCUCCACUGCACUCUUUCUCCUUGACGAUGAGCUGCUGUCUCUAGGACUGAACGGUCCCCCUACCUCUCUGAGCAGCCAAUCAAAACCCAAGUUGAACGAAUUGUCCAACCAAUGGACUUCUUUGCAGGCUCCAGCUUCAGGUGUGGAUAUGUUUUGCAGUGUAGCUUGUUCCGGUCCUGCCGGGCCUUCAGCUGAACCAGCUGCUGCCACACACAGUCUACAGAACCUGCAGGACCUGGCCAUGAUGGACUUUUCAGAUCCCAAGAGUUUGUCCAUUAAGAUGACGGCCAAAGGAAGCAACUUUGGGAUGCCUGCAGCAGCACCUUCCCUCAUGCAUGGGCAGGGUUCUCCUUUUUCACCUUCUUUUCUCCAGGGUACGAUGUCCGGCUCUCCUGCUCUGUCCCAUGCCAAGGCCCAGAGCCUGGGCUCAGCCCCGGGCAGCCCGCUGUUCCGCUCUCUAUCCCCCUGCCAUCCUCCCCUUCAGGGCAGCCCGGCCAGAGCCACAGACAUCUCCCUGAGCAAUGUGCACGUCCCUCUGGAGGCCAUCAGACCGAGUAAAGUGCUGCCUGUGACGGCCUAUGAUAAGGACGGUGUUCGCAUGCUUCUCAACUUUGCAUCUGACUGCCCCCCCGGCAGGCCUGACGUUUUGGUGAUGGUGGUGUCCAUGCUCAAUACAGCACCCUUGCUUGUUCACAAUGUGGUACUGCAAGCGGCUGUGCCCAAGUCAAUGAAGGUGAAGCUGCAGCCACCAUCUGGAGCAGAACUGGCACCAUUUAACCCUAUCCUACCUCCAGCCUCCAUUAACCAGAUCAUGUUGCUGGCCAACCCAACAAAGGAGAAGGUGCGUCUGCGCUACAAGCUGUCUUUCACACUAGGAGAGCGUCUGUGUAAUGAGGUUGGAGAGGUCAACCAGUUUCCUCCACCAGAGACAUGGGGUCAUCUAUAGAAGUGUGCAGGCCUGCUGCCACUUAGCGGGGACAGGCUGCUUUGUACUCCAUGAAGGGGUGUGUGCACAUUUACAUUUACCCCAGAGAGAAAGAAGGGGAAGGUGAGGAAAUUCAGCUGCACUCUACCUUGCAGCUUCACAUUCCAUGCAGUUGUUAAUUUGGCCAUUGUUGUUGCAGGCAGUGAGACGCUAACAGCAGACACAAAAGUUGUAUUUACAUAGUGCUUGUAUACUUUUCUGCAAAUAACUGGUAAGUA